GUGGGGCGUCAGUCUCGCGCAGGCUUCCACGCGGUUCGGUAGCCCCGCCAUGCCGCUCGCCGCUCCCCGACCGCUCCGUCCGAACAUGUCCGAACACAUUUAACCGACACCAAAUUCAAAUUUAGAAAAAAAAAUCCCAAUAAACAAAAUUUUAGGUCGGUGAGCAAUGAAAAUGUCUAAUCCACACUCUUAAUUUACGGGAGUUCUGUAGCAUAUCAUAACAGUGUGAACAUAAACAUAUCAGGAUUUUUGAACGAUUUGUGUACCAGUGCAGUGAACGUAGUGACGUGAUUUAGUGACAUAGUGUUUGUGACAGUUUGUGCGGAGAUAGCGUAUGAUGUGAUGAUGAGGCGAGGGAAAGUGCUGCUGGAGAGCAGCAGGCAGGGCUCCGUCGACGGCAAGGGCGCAGUGGCUAACGAUAAGGAGUUGGUUCACAAGUGUCACAGCGAUCCUGGUGGUGGGCGCGCUCUUGGUGCCGCCCCAAGGACGCACAGGCAUCGAUCUGCGUCGGGCGCCACGAGGAAAUGCGUGCUUACACUCGAUGGAUACUCAUAUGUCAUUGGUCAGCACGGAAGUCUAAUAGAAAAUCAACAAGGAGCACUAACGAUAGUGCGCCGCUCGUCCAGCCGCAGUAAGGCUGAAAGUUGCCCGACUCCCACUGACGAACAACUCGACUCACUCGAUUUGGAUACCGAACAUUUGCCCGCCGUCGACACGCCCGACGCGUGCGAUAAGGCCGCACUUAGAUUACGCUAUCUCCUAAGACAAUUGAAUAGGGGUGAAAUAUCAGCUGAAACUUUACAAAAAAAUCUACAAUAUGCUGCGAAAGUCCUCGAAGCUGUGUACAUUGAUGAAACCAAACCGGCAGUGGCGCGCCAGCAGUCAGCCCCAACCCUGGUGUUUAGGCGGCUGGCUGACGAGGAUGAUGAGCUGUCGGAGGUGCAGCCAGAUGCCGUUCCUCCUGAGGUCCGGGAGUGGCUGGCGUCGACCUUCACGAGGCAGCUGGCGACGGCGAAGAGAAAGUCUGAUGAGAAGCCGAAGUUUCGGUCGGUGGCGCACGCGAUCAGGGCGGGCAUCUUCGUGGACAGAAUCUACAGGAGAGUCACCAGCACUGCUCUUAUGCAGUUCCCUCAAGAUGUCAUUAGAGUACUUAAGACAUUGGACGAAUGGUCAUUCGACGUGUUCGCGCUACACGAGGCAUCAGGCGGCGCGCCCGUCAAGUACCUCGGUUACGAACUCCUCAAUAGAUACGGCAUGAUACACAAGUUUAAGGUCCCGCCAACGACGCUGGAGAACUUCCUCAACAGGAUAGAAGAAGGUUACUGCAAGUUCCACAAUCCUUACCACAACAAUCUCCACGCUGCUGAUGUUGCGCAAACGGUUCACUACAUGCUGUGCCAGACUGGACUGAUGAACUGGCUAUCAGACCUGGAGAUAUUCGCGACGCUGGUGGCAGCAGUGGUGCACGACUAUGAGCACACUGGCACCACAAACAACUUCCACGUCAUGUCAGGGUCUGACACGGCUCUGCUGUACAACGAUAGAGCAGUUCUGGAGAAUCAUCAUAUAAGUGCAGCUUUUAGACUGAUGCGUGACGAAGAAUGCAACUUACUCCAGAACUUAUCCAGAGAAGAGUUCCGGGAGUUCCGAACCCUGGUCAUCGACAUGGUGCUGGCCACCGACAUGUCGUUCCACUUCCAGCAGCUGAAGAACAUGAGGUCGCUGCUCUCGUUGGCUGAGCCCACCGUCGAUAAGUCGAAGGCUGCGUCCCUUAUUCUGCAUUGCUGUGAUAUCUCGCAUCCUGCUAAGAGAUGGGACCUGCACCACAGGUGGACAAUGAGCCUCCUUGACGAAUUCUUCCUCCAAGGUGACAAGGAACGAGACCUAGGACUCCCAUUCAGUCCACUUUGCGACAGGAACAACACCCUUGUGGCCGAGUCACAGAUCGGUUUCAUCGAGUUCAUCGUGGAACCCAGCAUGGGCGUGUGUGCUGAUAUGCUGGAGUGCAUAUUGGGGCCUCUACAUUCCAGUAGCAAGAACUCCACCAGUUCCGCUGAGCCUAUCAAUGAAGAGGGCUCGGGGAAUAAGGACAAAAAUGAAAAUAGCAGCAAGUUCAAAAUCAGGAAGCCAUGGGUCGCAUGCCUCAGCGACAACAAGAAGAUAUGGAAAGAGCAAGCUGCUAAAGAUGCAGAGGCCCGAGCUAAGCAAGAGGAGGAGAACAACGGGGUUCCACCGCCAACAGAGGAAUAAUAUUUAGCCUCAUUUGUAAAUAGCGUUAGAUCUAGUUGUUGCAACAUGUUCUAUUCACUGUUGAAGAAAAGCUAAAGCAUACUAUAUGAUAUAAAUACGUGUGCGAGCUAUAUAAUAUACGUUGCUAAUUUAUUUAAAGUAAAAUUGUUGUGUGUAACGCACAAAUAUACGACUUGGAAGCACAAUGCGAAAAGCCUGGAUGUAUAAAGUUUCUCUAUGUGGAAGACAACAUAGUGAGCUAAUUCGAACAGGCGACACGCCGCCCAGCGGUAACGCCAGUAGUGUAAAUGAUUCAUUAUUAUUCGCUGCUAAGAUUUUAGCCUAGCCUAAAAUUAAGUCUAAAAGCUUUGAUGAUAAUUCUAUACCAAUAACCUAUUGCGAGGAGAAAGGACGAUAUUUAAUAAAAUAUGGGUUGGUCCCAGAACUGAACCCUGAAGAACCCUUGUAGUAUAUUUCUCGCAAUUGAAUAUUGGAUGUAUAUUUAAAGAUGUAUCGAUAGAUAACACUAUUUUCUACUCAUAAUUGAAAUAAUUAAUGUGUAAAACUGUACUGAACUCAUUUCAAAUAUAGUCGUUAAGAGCUAAAUGUAUCUGUAAGUAACUAUCAAAUGCUGGUGACGGAGCAACAAACAUUAAUUUAUAUAAAUCAUAAACACAUGUGCACUUCUCUUCGAUCAAACACUUAACUAUAACUUAAAUGUAGCUUAAUAUUAGUGUUAAAUUUAACCCAUAAUAUGAUGAAUACGCUUAUUAAUUUUAAUGUUUCCGAUUAAAUUGGAGUCUUGAUAUUCUUGACCAAAUGUUAUUUAAUAUGAAAUUAUUUUCUAAAUGAUAACGCCAUUUCAAAUUCUAGUACAUAGGUAGAUAGUACAUUAGUAAAUCUUCAUGAUACAAAUUAAGAUUUUUGUCUUUGUUAUAUAUACAACAUAGCUAAGGAUAAAGUAGUGGAACUCAAAUAUUUAUUGAAAUUUAAAGCUCGUGCUCAAAUCAGAUGGAGUCAGCUUUCUAUAACAUGAACUACCUAUUAGAUCUAUUAGACUGAGAGGCUACGGCGUCACAGCCCGAGAACGAACAGGAAUUCUUAGGUAAGCUUAGACUUGAACACACGCUCUCGUGGAGGACCCAAAGUAAUUGUACCGUCCUUCAACUAGAAUCUAUCGUCGAACGGAAGAGGCCCAGGCUCCACCAAAGUGGAUAAAUGUUUAUACAACCAAUAGAAUUUCUCCGCUAUGGGAUAUACCUACCACUGCGUAGAGACAAGAUGUUUGAAUGACAAAAUAUUGUUUGUAUAAAACUUCUACGCUCCGCUCCGCUGAGGUAGACUCUGGGCCUUAAACAUUGAAUUUAUUAAACAAAGAUAUUAAAGAUUUUAGGCCAAUGUUUACCUACAGAUGCCAAAUUUACAUGAAAAAUCUGAACUGAAUCCGCUUAACAUAAGAUUUUUUGUAACAAUGCAAAAUGUAUGAGAAUUCAGUUAUAUUUCGAACGUAUAUCAGAGGCCUAGUAUUCCUGGUAGGUACGUGGGACCAUUCUCAUUGAAUAUCAAAUCAAAUGAAUCCAUAAUCAUGAUAAAAUUAGGUCCCUAUUUGAUUUCGGGGAUGGUAAGGAUAGAUAUAAUCCAACCGGUGACGCUUAUUGUAGACAAAUUUAACAAUAGAUUUUUUUAUAUGUAUUUAUCAUCUAUUUUAAUUAUUAGAGAUUUAUUAAAUUCUGUAUAUUGUGCAUUUAGUGUACCUAAUAGUUAAUAGGUACUAAAUAUUAAGAAUAAAUCAAUAUAGGUACAUACCUACUUAAUUUGAAAUGUAGUUUAGUAAUGCCAUUCAGAUUGGGAAUAUAGCUUUAUAAAAUUGUAGAGUUUAGCAUACUGAGCCUUAUGUACAUGAAUAUUUAAUUGUUGUUUCUGUAUCAUAGCUUGCAGCAGUACAUAGGCCCGCUCUUGGUAAAUACUUGUCUCUGACUUAACCACUUUAGUGCAAGAUAUGGCUUUUAAAUGUGACAUUACAACAUUCCGAAUGUGUUAGGAAUCAAUUCUCAAUAUAAGGCAGAUUCACCUAAAGAAUUACAGCAUUCAUUUUACCAUUGCAUAUUGAUAUUUUCUUAUUUUAAUCAAUGCAUUAUGCAAUGUAAAAUUCACUCUGUAAUUCUAGGUGCAUAUUGCUACUAAUUAAGAUAUUUAAAGACCUGUACACUGCUACGUAUUAAGAUAGUAAAAAAUAAUAAUAACAUAUUAGGUACCUACCCACAAUGUCGUAAAAUAUUUUUCACAGAUGUCGUGCUUAACAAUAUCGCGGAUAGUAUUUCACAUCAUUAAAAUUCAACAAAUUCAUUCAUAGUAAUAUUAAAUGUGUAUAGAAAUGUUAUUUAUAAAAAAUCUAAAUAAAUCUCCUAAAAUUUUAUAUUAUUAUACCUAUAUCCCACGUAAAAGAAAUAUGACAUUAAAAUGCAAUCGCUAAAGAAAGUUUUCUAUAUGUAUUGUAAGUAUGCGAAUGUAUAUUAUUCAAUGUUUUAUCUUAAAGAAAAUCACAAUAAUUUUAUGUAAACAACACAAAGAUCUUUGUAUCAAACUGCAUUUUCUCUCUAAUAAAAAGAAAUCUCAAAAUCAAAUGGUUUUUUAUCAACUUGACUGUCUUUUACUACAUUUGUGUAAAUAGAUAUAAAACACCUUUUAGUUAAUAUGUGUAAAUUAUAUGUAAAAUAAAAUAAAGAUUUUCGUAGA